AUCCACUUUCCAAAAAUGGACCAAGCGUUCUAUGACGAAGAAUUUCCUAAAGAAAAUGAGAUAAUUGAAUUGCUACCAUGCAUAAUAUGCAAUCGUUCAUUCCGUCCAAAUUUAUUACAACGCCACUCAACUAUAUGUCAAAAAAACGCUAAAAAACGUAAGAUACCAUUUGAUUCAUCUAAACAGCGUAGAGAAGGUACUGAGAUGGCGACAUAUUUACCACAUAUGAAAAAGACUCAAGAUGCUUAUAUUGGCAUAGAAAAAGCCAAAAAGAACUGGAAAGCUAAGCAUGAAGAGCUUGUUAGGGCUGUAAAAGCAGCACGAGGGGAAAAAGUUGAUGAUAAACUUAUGCCGACUAAGCCUAUUGAUUCUGAAGAAUGUCCACAUUGUGCACGGAAUUUUGGACCUAAAUCGUAUGAUCGACAUGUAGAAUUUUGCAGAGAAAAAGCUCAAAGAAUAUCUACUGCACCAGUGAUAAGCCAAGUAGCUAAAGAACGACUUGAAGCGAGAAUAAAAUACCGUGCUCCUCCACUUAAGUCACAGCGUACAGUUACUAAAGAGAAAUAUUCUCCUAAAACAAAAAGUUUUGCUCAAGAUGUUUCAAGUGCACCAAUAAAAGUUAUACAACCAUUAAAAACUAUUAAAAAAAGAACUCCACCAAAUAGAAAUAUAUCUAAUAUCCCACGUCAAAUGUCAUCAGUAGUGAAAAAGAAAGACCAAAAUUCAAAAAAUCUCUAUGGUGAAAGAAAUGCAAUAUACUUGCCUCAAAGGCCAGAUCUAAAAAAUGAAAAAACUAUGAAUAAAUCUGAAUCAGCCUACAUCCUUGGUUCUAAAAAUCAUAUAAAACAAGAAGUUAAUAAGAUGGUCAAUAAUUUUGACAAAAAAAAAAUAUCAAAAUCCGAACCCCAUUUGGAUAUUUACGACCCUCAUUUGGACAGCUACGAUCCAUUUAAAUCAGCUGAACAACAAAUGAAAGAGCUCGAUUUAGACAUAAACAUAAUUGACAUUGGUCUUAAAAAUCCGUUAAAUUGUACCCCAAAUGAUAAUAUCGAGAGUCUUCAAAUGUCUCCAACAUCUGCAUUCGUUAAAUAUUCACCAGUCUCUUCUUUAGUAGCCUCUCCAGAUAAUAUCGAAAAUACAUUUCCCAAUGAAUUUCACUCAGACACUAAUCUUAAUAGUCAUCCACUACAUAAUUUAAGUAAUUUAAGUUUGUGUUCCAUUGUUAGUAUUGAAUCAGCUGACUUUAAUAAUAAAACGCAUAGUGCUGUAGAGCGAGGUACAGAUCAUCUCAAAAGUCCUACAAAACGAAACAUUAAUCAUAAUCAUAAAAAACAUAUAGCUAUUGAAAAUAUGCUUUAUGGUGAUAAUGAAAAAGAUAAAUCAAAUCUCACAUUUGAUUUGGCAGAACAAGAGCUUUUAAAAUCUGUGUCGGAAUUUGAAAACUUAUUGAAAAUAACAGAUGAUGAUGAUAUAGUAUCACCAUCUUUGAAUAGAACCUCUGCCCUUAGUAUGAUCAAUGGGAUUAAUUCCAAUAGCAGUGCUGAUUCGGCUUACGGAAGCUUGAACAGAAAAUCUGAGCAGGUGACGACCGAUAAUUAUCAUCAACUGCUGAAAACUGCUAAAUUUUGUCAUGAAUGUGGAUUCAAAUAUCCAAUCAUUGAUAUCAAAUUUUGUACUGAGUGUGGCAUGCGGCGUAUAGUGUCAUGAUUGAGUUGCGUCAAUUUCAAUAUCUGUAUUUUAUUAAGAGUAUUAAGAAAAAUAUGUUAAAAAUAUAUUUUACAAUAUGUUAAAUUGAUUGAAUGGAGAGUAUAUUUUAAUAUUUUUAUACUUAUAUACUUAUAAAUUAUGAUUAAUAAGGUAACAACAGUUUAUAAUAAUUAUUAUGGUAUAAAAUUGCAUUAUUUUGCUUAACUCCUGAGACUGAUUUUUUUAAAUUGAAAUUAGUUUGAGUGUAUCUUGUCACUUAAUUUAUUUUAUAUAUUACUAAUGCAACAAGACCAAAGUAUUAAAAAUAAUAUACAUUUUGUAAAAUAAUAUUGCUAAGGUAUUCAAAACAUUAAUUUUUAUUUGCUUGAAUUGUAUGAAUUUUAUUGCAAUCUCUUUAGUUCUCAAUUUAUAAUGUAUAACAAUAAACUUAUGGUUAUACUGACUUGUAUAUCUCAUAAAUAAUACUAACACUAAUAGCAUAUACAUUAUACAAAGAGGGUUUUAAGGGUCCAACUUCCCCCUCAGUAAAAAAAAAGGAAAAAUAUAUUUUUAUGUGUGCUCCUAACUAUCACUAUACACUACAUAUUUAGGUUCAUGAAUAUUGAGGAAAAAUGUAUCAAUACAAUAACAAAUCACUAAAUACAUUAUAUUGUUUGUGUUUCACACAAAGUUUAAUUAUUACAUAAUAUUUUAAUAUAUUAUAUUAACUUAAUACAUUACUUUAUAACAUUUUACCAAUACAUUAAAUUACUUUUUUUUAAGGAAAUCGUAUACUGAUUAUGUCACACAAACUAACCUUUACUAAUUACAAAUAAUGCUAUUUUAUGGUAAGUUAGAAUAUAUUCUAAUUUAUUAGUUUAACCAACUAGGUUGUUACCAAAGGAUUUAAUUUUUAUACUUUGAUAAUAUAUUAAAUAUUUCACCCUAUUAUAUACAAUAACAUUAAUAUAGUAAAACUUUUAUUCUCUUUCCUAACAUUUUUAUAUUUUUAUAUAUUUUUUUUUUGCAGUUUUUAUUAUAUUCAAUUGUUUUUAAUUAUCUAUCAUGAUUUACUUGUAGUUUAAUAUAAGUUUUAAGUCUAUUUAUUAAACACAAACUAAAUCUAUUGUCAUUUGUCCUAUCAUAUUAUAUACUUUAUAGUUUUUUUUACAUAUUUUGUCAAGAAAAAUUACAAAUUAAUGGGAAAAUAAAAUAAUAUUAUUUACAAAUAUAAGUAAGAGAUUUUGAAUCUAGUUACUUAUAAUGUAUUAUUGUUUUGAUUGUCAAAUUUCUAUUUGGAUGUUAUUUUUUAAUGUCUACUGUUUAGACAUACUGAAAGAUAAAUCUUUUUAGAAAUUUUUGUCAUUCAUGUCUAUUUAUACCUAGCUAUAACUGCUUACUAUUAAUGUUUUUUGUGCAUCUUAAAGAUGUUAUUACCAAAUUUUAAAAGUUUUUACUCGUCUUUAUUAAUUGGUAUUUUAUUGUUUUUAUUAUUAUUAUAUAAAUGUAUAUUGUAAUAGGUAUGUCCAUAAAAUGUAGUACAUUUUUGUUUAUUUAACAUGCUAUUUACUAACAAUAUUAUAAAAUAUGACAGUAUGGUGCUAUAAUAAUCUUGUGUUAUAUUGGUACCUAAUAGGUAAUUAAUUACUCAAUAUUUAUAAAUUAGGUAUCAUAAUGCAUAAUUAUUGUCAACACAUGUUUGUGUAUUAUACCAAAGAAUGCUAUAACUACUCGGGUAUUGUUUAUUGAUUUAUACUACAAUUAUUGUUCAAAUAAUAAAUUACCUCCGUAUAAGUUGCCUACCACUAGAAUUUAAAUCAAUACAUCAAUAUUAUUUUAAAUAAUAAUGUAUUAUAAUAUUUAUUAUUGUGAGUAUUCAAAGGAGAAAAUUAAAAUUGACACAAUUUACCAAGUUGAUUAACAAAAUACAAUAAUAUUUUUUUAAUUCAUUCUUUAGUUUUUCUUUCAUAAAAUUGGAAAUAUUGCAUUCCUCUAUUAAAAUGACAUAACUAAUUUAUACUUGAAAGUAACUAAAUAAUUUGUAUUCAGUUUUACUCCUAGAUUUUAAAUUAAUAUAUAUUAAUAAGUGUUUUAUUUAAUUUUAUACAUUUUAUAAAUUAUUUUUGUUGUUAUAGUAUGAUAUGAUUUAACUUUAUUUACAGUGUUAAUAUUUUAGUCACUCUGUUGUCAUGUAUUUUUCUUUAAUGUUGUACCUAACCAGUGCCAUUUGAUAUUUAAAAUAAUAAACUGUCUAAGUAUUAAAUCACACUAA